UCUAUGGCGGCCACAUCGACAUCUUAUAGUUCAGUAUUUAAACGAAAUUCGAUUCAGUUUUAAUUCAGUUGGUAAUUUGAACUUCUACAAGGUUGUUUGUGGAUUAUUUUCAAAGAUUAGUUAAGGUAUUGAUGAGUUAGUUAUAAUGGAAGCGAUAUCAUACAUCGUACGAGAUGCUGUACCUUCAUAUUUAAAGGGGGUUCCGAUACCAAAGUCUUUUGGAGGAUUUCUUAAACUAUCAGUCAAAGAUUGGCUCCAUCUCACCACCUUCACCACAGUGGUUGGUGGGGUUGGUUACCUCGCAUUCAAACCUUACUAUGAUAAAUACGUUGGUGGGAACAAAGACACGAUCAUGAACUUUCGUGUUGAGAAGCAGAAGGAGAAGGUUUAUGAUGUCAUAGACGUGGAGGAUCUUGGGGAGAAAACAAACUUUUGUCGUUGCUGGAGGUCGAAAAAAUGGCCAUUCUGCGACGGCUCACACAACGCCUUUAACAAAGCUACGGGCGAUAACGUUGCCUCGUUGAUCAUCGAGAAGAAAAAAUCUCGUUAAACAACAAUUUGGUGCUCAAGUAAUUACCAUGGAUGUUUUACAAUAGAAAUAACAAUGUUUCAAACUUUAGUAUCGCUAAUAUUUCAUGACGUGCCAAAAUGUGCUUCAAGUUACUUUAUGUGUUUAUUGUUGUUAUUUACAAACAUUCCAUAAACUUUGUGUAUCUUGCCCACUCUGUAAUGUGAUUCAAACUUAACCCAAAUUGACUUCAACCUACGGUAAUGUACAAUACUGGGUAGGCUAUAGAAACAAUAUAAAGCCUACAUAGAAAACAUAUAAGGCCACAAAUUACCACAAUACCCACGUUGGUAUUGGUCAAACAAGUUAACAGACUUCUAACCAAACCACCAAAGUUUUUGUGCCACAAUAACUAGUACGGUAUUAAAGUGUCAGUGUAUUGGUACAAGUAUAAACAACCACUGUUGAAGUUUCAUGUUAUUCGUUGAUUUUGAAUUUUGUUUUCGUAUGCAGCCAUGAAACAUAGAAAUAUCACACAAUAAUAGAUAUCUUAUAUUGUUGUUACUUUGACAAAAAAUAAAUAACACAACAAAAUAUUUUGUUUAUUUAUUGUUUAUAACAAUGUUUAUUAUGAUGUCAUAAUUACCCUCAUUCAAAUUACACAGUCGUUCAUGUGAGACGGUCACAUGGUUCAUAACCGCUCAUGUGUGACAUGAUGUCAUAACCCAUUGUUACAUUAUUGUAUUCGAUUGUUAUGUUUGGAACAUUAUGUAUUGUGAUGUCAUUAUGAUAUAUUAUGAUGUAUCAUUGAUCGAUUGUUAUUCAUUCAA